CGCGAACAUAAGUGUCGGGGGCGGCGGCGGCGUUUUUUCUGGUUUGUUUUGGCCAGGAAGGUGAGAAAGUCAACUAUUAACAUUAAUUUACAAUAAACUGCAAAGAUGACAGAUGCUCGCUAUUUCACAACCACCAAAAAGGGUGAAAUAUUUGAGCUCAAAUCAGAGCUCAACAGCGAUAAAAAGGAAAAGAAGAGGGAGGCAGUGAAAAAGGUGAUUGCCUCCAUGACAGUUGGCAAGGAUGUGUCAGCUCUGUUUCCGGAUGUGGUCAACUGCAUGCAGACAGACAACCUGGAGCUGAAGAAGCUGGUGUACCUCUACUUGAUGAACUAUGCCAAGAGCCAGCCAGACAUGGCCAUCAUGGCCGUCAACACGUUCGUAAAGGACUGCGAGGACAGUAACCCGUUGAUCCGGGCGCUGGCGGUGCGCACCAUGGGCUGCAUCCGCGUCGACAAGAUCACCGAGUACCUGUGCGAGCCGCUGCGGAAGUGCCUGAUGGACGAGGACCCGUACGUGCGCAAGACGGCCGCCGUGUGCGUGGCCAAGCUGCACGACAUCAACGCCUCGCUGGUGGAGGACCAGGGCUUCCUGGACCAGCUGAAGGAGCUGCUCAGCGACUCCAACCCCAUGGUGGUGGCGAACGCCGUGGCGGCCCUGACCGAGAUCAACGAGACGAGCCGCAGCGGCAACCCGCUGAUGGAGAUGAACGCACAGACCAUCAACAAGCUGCUGACGGCGCUCAACGAGUGCACCGAGUGGGGCCAGGUGUUCAUCCUCGACUCGCUCUCCAACUACAACCCGAAGGACGAGCGCGAGGGACAGAGCAUCUGCGAGCGCAUCACACCGCGCCUGGCGCACGCCAACGCCGCAGUCGUGCUCUCGGCCGUCAAGGUGCUGAUGCGCUUCAUGGAGCUGCUGCCGUCCGACUCCGAGUUCGUCACCAACAUCACCAAGAAACUGUCGCCGCCGCUGGUGACGCUGCUCAGCUCGGAGCCGGAGGUCCAGUACGUAGCGCUGCGGAACAUCAACCUGGUCGUCCAGAAGCGACCCGACAUCCUCAAGAACGAGAUGAAGGUCUUCUUCGUCAAGUAUAACGACCCCAUCUACGUGAAGCUGGAGAAGCUGGACAUCAUGAUCCGGCUGGCCAACCAGGGCAACAUCGCCCAGGUGCUCUCCGAGCUGAAGGAGUACGCGACGGAGGUGGACGUCGACUUCGUGCGGAAGGCGGUGCGUGCAAUCGGCCGCUGCGCGAUAAAGGUGGAGCAGUCUUCGGAGCGCUGCGUCUCUACGCUGCUGGACCUGAUCCAGACCAAGGUCAACUACGUAGUACAGGAGGCGAUCGUGGUGAUCAAGGACAUCUUCCGCAAGUACCCCAACAAGUAUGAGAGCAUCAUCUCGACGCUGUGCGAGAACCUGGACACGCUCGACGAACCUGAAGCACGAGCCUCUAUGAUCUGGAUCAUCGGCGAGUACGCGGAGAGGAUCGACAAUGCCGACGAGCUGCUGGACAGCUUCCUGGAAGGGUUCCACGACGAGAACAGCCAGGUGCAGCUGCAGCUGCUCACCGCCAUUGUCAAGCUGUUCCUGAAGCGGCCGUCAGAUACACAGGAGCUAGUGCAGCAGGUGCUGAGUCUGGCCACCCAGGACUCGGACAACCCGGACCUGCGCGACCGCGGCUUCAUCUACUGGCGCCUGCUCUCGACCGACCCGGCCGCCGCCAAGGAGGUGGUGCUGGCUGAGAAGCCGCUCAUCUCGGAGGAGACGGACCUGCUGGAGCCGACGCUGCUCGACGAGCUGGUCUGCCACAUCUCCAGCCUCGCCUCCGUCUACCACAAGCCGCCCAGCGCGUUUGUCGAGGGUCGCAGCGCCGGCUUCCGUCGCGUGCCGCUGAAGCCGGACGGCUCGGCGACGGCGGCCGCGGCGGCCGCGGCCGAGCAGCCGCCCCAGUCGACCGUCAUCCCGUCGCAGGACUCGCUGAUCGGCGACCUGCUCAGCCUGGACCUGAACCCGCCGAUGGCGCAGCCGGCCCCCGGCGCCGCCAGCGUGCCCUCCAACGUCGACCUGCUCGGCGGCGGCCUCGACGCCCUGCUGGGCGGAGACCCGGCGCCGCCGGCCGCCGCGCCCGCGCCCGGCCUGGGUGCCGCCCCCGCCACCGGCGGUCUGCUCGGCGACAUUUUCGGCAUCACGCCCACCCCCUCCAACUACAUGCCGCCCAAGCAGGUGUGGCUGCCGGCCGCCAAGGGCAAGGGCCUGGAGGUGGCCGGCGCCUUCUGCCGCAGGGGCGGCCGCGUCAGCAUGGAGAUGACGCUCUAUAACCGCGCCAUGCAGCCGAUGAGCGGGUUCGCACUGCAGAUGAACAAGAACAGCUUCGGUCUGGUGCCGGCGCAGGCGCUCCAGGUACCCAUGCCGGUGCAGCCGAACCAGAGCACGGACGUGUCGCUGCCGCUGGACAACAACGGACCCGUCCAACGGAUGGAGCCCAUCACCAACCUGCAGGUGGCCAUCAAGAACAACAUCGACGUGCUGUACUUCGCCUGUCUGGUGCCAGCGCACGUCUUCUUCGGCGAGGACGGCCUGAUGGACAAGCGUGUCUUCCUGGCUACCUGGAAGGAGAUCCCGGCUCAGAACGAGAUGCAGUUCACCAUCGCCAACCUGGUGAUGUCGGCCGACGCCAUCUCGGCGAAGCUCCAGAAGGAGAACGUGUUUACCAUCGCCAAGCGGAACGUUGAGGGUCAGGACAUGCUGUACCUGUCCAUCAAGUUCAUCAACGGGCUGUGGGCGCUGCUGGAGAUUAAGGUGGCGCCGGGCUCGUCCAACAUCACGCUGGCUAUCAAGUGCCGCACCACGGAGGUGGUCUCGGACAUCAGCGCCAGCAUCGAGGCCAUUCUGCGGGCCUGAGCAGCUCUCCGUCUCCCGAUCCCGCCGGCUGGAGCCACGGCCGGCCCUCCGGUCCUGCCGCCGGCCGGCGCGGCGUCGGAUCGUCCGGUGUUGCGCGCUACGGCGGCUCGCGGUCCCGUGGUACGAAGAUCUUGAACUGUGUGGGCUUCAAGUCCUGCGUGUCGAUCAUUCCUCCGUGAGCUCCAAUUCUGAAAGGCAAGCGAAUGUAUGACCCUAGAAGUGGAGGAUCUUUCGUCAAGUGUGCCACGUGUCGUACUGAAUGUUGGCCCGUUGAAUUGACUGAUGUGAAAGACUUCCUGCUGCGACGACUGACCGUGAAGUCAGUCCACGUGCGGUUUUUAUUUUGCUUCGUAUUAAAACAUCUGUGAAGAUCACUUAAUGUUUAGUCUCACGCGUGCAACGGGCUGAAGCUACGUGGAACGUUAUUCGGUGUAUAAGUUUGUUAUCAAGUGAUGCCGGUGUAUUCUAGUGGAUGUAUUCGCUUUGUCGCACGGCAGCGGUGGGGUAGUCACGCUUCUUACAAUGCUGUCGCCGGCGUAUCCGGUGGGCGUGUUGCGGCGGGGGCGAAUGCCAGUACCCGAGCUAUCCUGCCCUCGGUGGAACCCGGCCACGCGCCGACGGCGUGGCGGCCCGACAGUUGCUCCGUGCAUGUCGUUCUUGAUAGUCUGCCGUCGACGCCCCGUAAUAAAACACGUAAUAAAG